AGUGGCAUUCAUCUCCCCCUUUCUGACCCCUUCUCGGUGGUUCAACUUGCUCUUUCUCUUCUUACACCGGCUUCCCACCACCAUCAUCAAACUUUUAGCAAUUGUAAAAUGAAUUUCGUCUAGCAUUAUAUUGAGAGUCACUGUGGCACCAUGUCACUGCGGUCAGGUUAUACAUCUCCCUCCUCUGCCGAUGAUGAUGAAUGGUUCCAACUUGAUGCCUUGAUCCAGGGAUGGAUUCUCUCUACCAUCUCUGAUGAAGUCUCAGAUCUAGUUAUCUCCACCACCUCCACCGCAGCUAAACUAUGGCGGGUCAUUCAUGCACUUUUCCAUGACAACAAACACGCUCGAGCGAUGCAACUCGAGCACCAGUUUCGAACCACCGUCAAGGGUAUGAUGACCAUGGCUAUGUACUGUCAAACCCCGCGGAACAUUGCCGAUUGGGGCGGCGGCUUCGGGCGUGGCAGUUGCUCGCCUGGCAGCGGGUACGGCAGCGGCAGCGGGCACAGCGGCGGCAGUGGCGGCCGCGGGCAGCAGGGGCGUAACUAUGUGAUAAAGGAAUCCCUGCAACUUAGCUUCUCCUUCUCCAAACAUUUUCCACCAUUAAUGGAGUUUUGGGAAGAAAACUCUAGAUUCGAAGAGAAGACCUCAAGACAAGGAAAGCUAGAAGUAGAUAGUGACAUCCGUUCGUUGACCGUACGUGAGGUGUUAAGAUCAUUGUGUUCCCCUAUGAACUCUAAGGUAAUAAGUGUGGCAUCCAUCCAGAAGAUGCUGAGGCGGGAGAGUUGGCAGAAGGAUGCAGGAACUGCUUUUAAUAAUUCAAAGUAUUUGGGGACUGAACCCAAUUAUGCAAAUAUGUUGAAUCUUAUUUAAGCUUCAGCAACGAUUAAAUUACCCCAAAAAAAUAUUUUUUCAUGUUUGAGGAGACUAUGUUUCAAAUGAUUUUAAAUUACUGUUUGUACUACUUUUAAAAGUUUAUGAAAUGUUGCUUUACCAAAUUGCUAGCGCUCUGGUCCGCCAACCCGCGUGAACCAGGUUAUGCGAAUCGGGGU